ACCACCAGUUGCAGUGUGAAGAGACCAUAGUCAUCUCCUUGGCUAUUGUCUCUGUGCUGGCUGUCAUCAUCUUCGCCGUCUUCUUCGGUUACCGCAUGAUGCACAGAGGUGGUAAACAGGGCCUUCAUAAUCUCAACAUGUUGGAGGGAGCUGGUUCUGAGAGCUCUCUGGACCUGGAUAACCUCAAACAACUGGAGCUGAUAGGUCGAGGCCGGUACGGCUCUGUGUUCUGUGGUUCGUUGGACGAGCGACAGGUGGCUGUGAAGGUGUUCAGCUCAGCCAAUCGGCAGAACUUCCUGAACGAGUGUUCCAUUUAUUGUCUCCCCCUGCUGGAGCAUGACAACAUCGCACGCUUCAUCGCUGCCGACGAACGGCUGGGGGCCGAGGGCCGAGUGGAGUACCUUCUGGUCAUGGAGUACUACCCCCACGGCUCUUUGUAUUGCUACCUGGGCCUGCAGACAGGAGACUGGAUGAGUAGCUGUCGUCUGGCCCAUUCCAUCACCAGAGGCCUGGCGUACCUGCAUACUGAACUGCUUAAAGGAGACUUCUAUAAGCCAGCUGUGUCUCACAGAGAUCUGAACAGUCGGAACAUUCUGGUGAAGAACGACGGAACGUGUGUCAUCAUCGACUUUGGCCUCUCCAUGAAGUUGACGGGGAACCGGCCGUUACGGCAGGGAGAGGAGGAGAACGCUGCCAUCAGUGAGGUGGGAACGAUCCGCUACAUGGCCCCAGAGGUUCUGGAGGGGGCGGUGAACCUGAGGGACUGUGAGUCGGCUCUGAAGCAGGUGGACAUGUACGCCCUGGGCCUCGUCUACUGGGAGACCUUCAUGAGGUGUACUGACCUCUUCCCAGGAGAUUCGGUCCCAGACUUCCAGGUAGCGUUUCAGGCCGAGGCAGGGAACCACCCCUCCUUUGAGGACAUGCAGGUCCUGGUGUCCAGAGAGAAACAGAGACCCAAGUUCCCUGAGGCCUGGAAGGAGAACAGCCUGGCGGUGCGUUCCCUGAAGGAGACCAUGGAGGACUGCUGGGACCAGGAUGCUGAGGCCAGACUGACCGCUCAGUGUGCAGAGGAGCGAAUGGCUGAACUGCUACAGAUCUGGGACCAGACCAAGUCUGUCAGCCCCACACUCAACCCUACUGGCUGUACCACCCUGUUCAAUGAUAGAAACCGCAUGGGGCCCAAGUCCGGCCCUGACCCUGCCUACAUCGAGGAGCAGGAAGGCGUGGCUAAGAACACACAGAGCGACGCCUCCUCCGCUGUGAGUGGCCGGACGAGAGAUGGAGGCGUGUCGGGAGAGAAGAACAGGAACUCCAUUAACUACGAGCGGCAGCAGGCGGCUCACGCCCGUCUCCCCGGCAGCCCCUCCUCCUCCUCCGCCCUCACCACCAUGACCGUCAUCUCAGAGUCCAGCCAGGGUCAUGACCCCAACCUCCACCUGACCCUGACCCAGGAGGAUCUGGAGACCACCAAGCUGGACCCCAGGGAGGUGGAUAAGAACCUGAAGGAGAGUUCUGAUGAGAACCUGAUGGAACACAGCCAGAAGCGGUUCUGUUCUGCGGACCUGCUGAGCCCCGCCUCCUCCUCCCUGCUCUUCCCCUUCAUCAAGAUGGCUGCCGAGGCGUCUCCCGCCGCCGUGUUCCCUCUCCCCAAGCAGCAGAACCUCCCCAAACGACCCUCCAGUCUGCUGCUCCGCACCAAGCCGCCCAAGAAAGACUCAUCCUCUCUGAGGUUUAAAUUCGGUCGCCACGGCAAGUCCAACCUACGACAGGUAGAGGGCGGAGCUAAGACCAACGCCGUGUCCAACGUCGCCGCCGUCUCCGAGCCCCGCCGGGUCAGCGCCACCAACAACCUGCUGGUCCUACGGGACCUCUCCGUGGCCGGGGCCUUGCCAUCAGGGGGCGCCAGCAGCACGGUGGGGCCUCCUCUAACUCAGAGCACCAACCCCCAGAGCUCUGAGGACGGCCAGCUGGGGCUGAUCACUGCCAGCCCAGACGAACACCAACCCCUGCUGAGCAGAGAGACGGGACAAGCAGACGUCCGCUCCUCUAACGCACGGCCCAACAACAACAACAACAACGACAACGGACUGGUCCUGGGGGAGGGGGAGAGUGACGGGGGAGGAGAGGAAGAGGAGGAGGGAGGAAGUACCAGUGGAGAGACCCCCUGCUCCCUGGGCGAGAGCUCUGUGUCUGGCUCCUUGUCUGGACCUGACCACAACCCUGUCCCCAUGAGAGGUGAAGCCCUGCUCAGGCAGCCUAAAGGAGGCCGGCGGCCGGAGAGACCCAACUCCCUGGACCUGUCCUUCACCACCAGAGACCUGGUCUCACUGGGGGAGGUCCAGAACCAGGGAACAGGGGAGAAGAUUAAGAAGCGUGUGAAGACUCCGUACUCCCUGAAGCGCUGGCGACCCGCCACCUGGGUCAUCUCCACGGAUACCAGGGGGUCAGAGGUGAACAACAACAAGGGUCAGGGCCGACCCAAGUCCAGCUCCGCUGUCUAUCCCACCUCUGAACCCAGCGACACCCGCCUCUGAACUCUGACCUUCAGAGGGACAACACAGACACUAGUGUUGCUAUGACAACAGACCGUGAAGCGUUUCCUGGGUAACAGCAGUCGGUUGUGUCCAGUUUCUGUCUCUCGCUUUGCGUCUGUUGAUGACUCUGCUUUAUAUUGAAUCCAGCUAUGCAGCGAUCUCUGCCUGGUGGUUUCAUUUGUCUGUGUGUAUAACGAGCGAUCUCUGCCUCGUGGUUUCAUUUGUCUGUGUGUAUAACGAGCGAUCUCUGCCUCGUGGUUUCAUUUGUCUGUGUGUAUAACGAGCGAUCUCUGCCUCGUGGUUUCAUUUGUCUGUGUGUAUAACGAGCGAUCUCUGCCUCGUGGUUUCAUUUGUCUGUGUGUAUAACGAGCGAUCUCUGCCUCGUGGUUUCAUUUGUCUGUGUGUAUAACGAGCGAUCUCUGCCUCGUGGUUUCAUUUGUCUGUGUGUAUAACGAGCGAUCUCUGCCUCGUGGUUUCAUUUGUCUGUGUGUAUAACGAGCGAUCUCUGCCUCGUGGUUUCAUUUGUCUGUGUGUAUAACGAGCGAUCUCUGCCUGGUGGUUUCAUUUGUCUGUGUGUAUAACGAGCGAUCUCUGCCUCGUGGUUUCAUUUGUCUGUGUGUAUAACGAGCGAUCUCUGCCUCGUGGUUUCAUUUGUCUGUGUGUAUAACGAGCGAUCUCUGCCUGGUGGUUUCAUUUGUCUGUGUGUAUAACGAGCGAUCUCUGCCUCGUGGUUUCAUUUGUCUGUGUGUAUAACGAGCGAUCUCUGCCUGGUGGUUUCAUUUGUCUGUGUGUAUAACGAGCGAUCUCUGCCUCGUGGUUUCAUUUGUCUGUGUGUAUAACGAGCGAUCUCUGCCUGGUGGUUUCAUUUGUCUGUGUGUAUAACGAGCGAUCUCUGCCUCGUGGUUUCAUUUGUCUGUGUGUAUAACGAGCGAUCUCUGCCUCGUGGUUUCAUUUGUCUGUGUGUAUAACGAGCGAUCUCUGCCUCGUGGUUUCAUUUGUCUGUGUGUAUAACGAGCGAUCUCUGCCUCGUGGUUUCAUUUGUCUGUGUGUAUAACGAGCGAUCUCUGCCUGGUGGUUUCAUUUGUCUGUGUGUAUAACGAGCGAUCUCUGCCUGGUGGUUUCAUUUGUCUGUGUGUAUAACGAGGUUUAGUCGUCUACUCCAGGUGAGGUUUAGUCGUCUACUCCAGGUGAGGUUUAGUCGUCUACUCCAGGUGAGGUUUAGUCGUCUACUCCAGGUGAGGUUUAGUCGUCUACUCCAGGUGAGGUUUAGUCGUCUACUCCAGGUGAGGUUUAGUCGUCUACUCCAGGUGAGGUUUAGUCGUCUACUCCAGGUGAGGUUUAGUCGUCUACUCCAAGUGAGGUUUAGUCGUCUACUCCAGGUGAGGUUUAGUCGUCUACUCCAGGUGAGGUUUAGUCGUCUACUCCAGGUGAGGUUUAGUCGUCUACUCCAGGUGAGGUUUAGUCGUCUACUCCAGGUGGAGUCUCAUUCUGUGACCGCGAGGGAGGGCGCUGCUCUGGAAACAGUCAUAUUAUCUGCUCUGUCGUUCAGCACCUGUAAGGAGUUGGUCUCCAGGACGAUGGUCUUAAAGACACAUCGAUCCACUGUUUUCAUGCUCUGUGUAUUUGAUUAUGUAUCAUGAUUUAAACUGUGCAAUGGGAUACAGCUUUUAGGUGCUUUCAUAUGUUUUUAACACUUUUCUUGUUUCAUUUUUUUAAAUAUUAUCUCUGUGUUGCGAUUAUAAAUGGACACCAAGUCAAUGUUUUAUUCAGUCUGGAAACAGUCCAUCAGACUACAAACCCUCUCCUCAAAUCAAACAACUGAAGUACUACCCAGAGUUGUAAUGUUAGUGGGCUCUCUCUCUUUACUGGGACUCUGGGACUACAAUCACCAGACAGGACUGGGACUACAAUCACCAGACAGGACUGGGACUACAAUCACCAGACAGGACUGGGACUACAAUCACCAGACAGGACUGGGGGGGACUACAAUCACCAGACAGGACUGGGGGGGACUACAAUCACCAGACAGGACUGGGACUACAAUCACCAGACAGGACUGGGGGGAACUACAAUCACCAGACAGGACUGGGGUAACUACAAUCACCAGACAGGACUGGGACUACAAUCACCAGACAGGACUGGGGGGACUACAAUCACCAGACAGGACUGGGGGAACUAGAAUCACCAGACAGGACUGGGACUACAAAUACCAGACAGGACUGGGACUACAAUCACCAGACAGGACUGGGACUACAAUCACCAGACAGGACUGGGACUACAAUCACCAGACAGGACUGGGACUACAAUCACCAGACAGGACUGGGGGGGGACUACAAUCACCAGACAGGACUGGGGGGACUACAAUCACCAGACAGGACUGGGGGGGGAACUACAAUCACCAGACAAGACUGGGGGGAACUACAAUCACCAGACAGGAUUGGGGGGAACUACAAUCACCAGACAGGACUGGGGGGACUACAAUCACCAGACAGGACUGGGGGAAUUACAAUCACCAGACAGGACUGGGGGAAUUACAAUCACCAGACAGGACUGGGACUACAAUCACCAGACAGGACUGGGGGGGUCUACAAUCACCAGACAGGACUGGGACUACAAUCACCAGACAGGACUGGGACUACAAUCACCAGACAGGACUGGGACUACAAUCACCAGACAGGACUGGGACUACAAUCACCAGACAGGACUGGGACUACAAUCACCAGACAGGACUGGGAGGACUACAAUCACCAGACAGGACUGGGGGGACUACAAUCAACAGACAGGACUGGUGGGAACUAUAAUCACCAGACAGGACUGGGGGGACUACAAUCACCAGACAGGACUGGGACUACAAUCACCAGACAGGACUGGGGGGACUACAAUCACCAGACAGGACUGGGGGGACUACAAUCACCAGACAGUACUGGGACUACAAUCACCAGACAGGACUGGGACUAUAAUCACCAGACAGGACUGGGGGGAACUACAAUCACCAGAGACCACUGGUACUACAAUCACCAGACAGGACUGGGACUACAAUCACCAGACAGGACUGGGACUACAAUCACCAGACAGGACUGGGACUACAAUCACCAGACAGGACUGGAGGGACUACAAUCACCAGACAGGACUGGAGGGACUACAAUCACCAGACAGGACUGGAGGGACUACAAUCACCAGACAGGACUGGGGGGGACUACAAUCACCAGACAGGACUGGGAGGACUACAAUCACCAGACAGGACUGGGGGGACUACAAUCACCAGACAGGACUGGGGGGACUACAAUCACCAGACAGGACUGGGGGGACUACAAUCACCAGACAGGACUGGGACUACAAACACCAGACCGGACUGGGACUACAAUCACCAGACAGGACUGGGGGGACUACAAUCACCAGACAGGACUGGGGGGAACUACAAUCACCAGACAGGACUGGGACUACAAUCACCAGACAGGACUGGGGGGACUACAAUCACCAGACAGGACUGGGGGGAACUACAAUCACCAGACAGGACUGGGGGGACUACAAUCACCAGACAGGACUGGGGGGGACUACAAUCACCAGACAGGACUGGGGGGGACUACAAUCACCAGACAGGACUGGGGGGACUACAAUCACCAGACAGGACUGGGGGGACUACAAUCACCAGAGACCACUGGGAUUCUGGGACUACAAUUACCAGAGACCACUGGGAUUCUGGGACUACAAUCACCAGAGACCACUGGGAUUCUGGGACUACAAUCACCAGAGACCACUGGGAUUCUGGGACUACAAUCACCAGACAUGGCUGGGAUUCUGGGACUACAAUCACCAGACAUGGCUGGGAUUCUGGGACUACAAUCACCAGAGACCACUGGGAUUCUGGGACUCCAAUCACCAGAGACCACUGGGAUUCUGGGACUACAAUCACCAGAGAACACUGGGAUUCUGGGACUACAAUCACCAGAGACCACUGGGAUUCUGGGACUACAAUCACCAGAGACCACUGGGAUUCUGGGACUCCAAUCACCAGAGAACACUGGGAUUCUGGGACUACAAUCACCAGAGACCACUGGGAUUCUGGGACUACAAUCACCAGAGACCACUGGGAUUCUGGGACGACAUCAAGAGAAGCAGGAUGCAUCUGUUCAGAAAUGGACGAACAGCAACACCUCACUCUUUCAACAGAAAAACUCUGAUUCCCACAAUUCUGUCUGCUCGGAAUCCAACUCUUUUAAAGCGAUCCUUCUGAAUCAUGCUGGAACUGUUGACCCUGUCUUGUGAAUCUGUACCAUGUGGACUAUGGACAUGUCAGCGAGCAGAUGCAGGGUGCAGUGGGUCUAGGCCAUGCAGGCCCUGAAGUGUGUCAGGGACUGUCUGUUUCAGAGGAUCAAAUUAGCUUUCUGUUUUGGUAUCUUGCAUUUGUCUGAGAAAUAUAUGUUUGUGUAUUGCAACAACAACAGAAACGGGCCUAUGCUAUGUUAAUUUGAUGAACACUACAGGUUUGACACAAAACAAAAACAUUUUAAUAAAUGUAUGAAACACA